GAUGCUCGCAUCUCCGAUCUCGAACAGCAGUUGCAAGCAGCGAAGAAAGCUUUGAGCGAUAUGGAGGCCGCCAACGCCGUCACUGAGGCCGCCAAGGAACAGUACAAGACCGAACUUGCGACGUUGACAAAGCAGAGACAAGACUGGGAACACAAACUCGAAAGCGUGCUGAACCUGAACAUCUCGCCGUCUCGCUUUGCCAACAAGAUCCCCAUUUUCGACAUCAACAACAAGCCCGUUGGCGGUUCGUUUGGUUCCCUGUUCAAGGCGGAGCUGGCAUGCCAGCCGGUUGCUCUCAAACAGAUGCUUGUGGCCGAACGCCCUCGCCUCUCCGAGAUCAUUGCCUGCGUUGAUGGUUCUGAGGAUAUUCCUGAUCACUUGAAGCAGCUGCGACGUGAGGCGCUCAUCCUGCUCUCGCUUCGCCAUCCCAACAUCGUUCAUUUCGUUGGCCUCACCCACGAUGAGCAAAGCCGGACGUUGGCCUUUGUGCUGAGCUGGGCCGAAAACGGAUCGCUCUAUGAUGUGUUGCACGUGAAGAAGCAUCCGCUUGACAAACCAACCCGGCUGCAGAUUGCGUACGAGGUGACCUGCGCCAUGGCGUUCCUGCACGCCCAGAACGUCGUGCACCGCGACCUCAAAUCGCCUAACGUGCUGCUGGACGCAUUGCUCUCCGCGAAGGUGACGGACUUUGGGCUGAGUGCAUUCAAGUCGGCAGACAGGUCUGUUGUGUCGAAAGUAUUUGGCACUGAGCUGUGGGCAUCGCCAGAACAGCUACUGAACAGACACGUGCUGCGGGCAGACACGGACGUGUUUUCCUUCGCCUGCAUGGCGUGGGAGCUGUUCCUUAACAUCAAGCCAUGGUACCACAUUGAUUUCCCUAACACAGCAGCGCGCAUAGAUCACAUCAGGGCACUGUACCAGAAGCAACAGUACCUCCCACUCGAUGCCGACGUCAAGGGGCGACGUCUAAACCAGCCAGAGAAGCAGGUGCUUCGCCAGUGCUUUGACGUGAGUGGAAAUCGCCCGUCUUUUGCCCAACUUAAGCCAGCCCUACAAGCGAUUGUGAGGGAUGCCAAGAAGCUGGAGAAGCUGAACAAGGAAAAGCAGCUUAAGCUGCUGCAUGGUCCUGCCGACGCCGCGUGGAAGUGGCACCCAGACAUCCUUGAAACACUGCAACCCCGAAUGGUGGCUCAUCCAACACGCGCGUCAGUGCGCAUUGCUACUGUAGAAACUGGCCAGAAACAAGCGGCCAUUGCAGCGCAGAUGAUCACGGAAGCUGGUGGCCGCUCCAGCCAUGAGGCCACUGCGAACCCACUCCACCUCUUUGGGACGACCCUCGUUGGCGUCGCUGUUGUGCAGUGCAGCCAGAAGAACGCCGCCUUCAACGGCGCCGUGCACCGCAACCUCGACCGUUAUCGUGGUCACAUGAGCAGCGCCAACCACCCGUUCCAUCCCAAGUACCAGAUGGAUCAGACAACGAGUGCACCUGCUCACCCAGAGGAGGCAGCCGUCCUUGCUCGCGUCACCCUCCACCCUGCUGGCGCUUCACCGUACAAGGUGCUGGAUCAGACCAUGAUGCAGCCGGAUGUGCGUCUUCGCCUGCAGCGCGUGUUCCACGGCGUGCCGUCCUUUGCUGUGGCCAUGAGCAUCUUGGGCGGCGAUUUCGCACAGCUGCAGAACCUUGAUGCUGGGUGGUACGGUGCUGGCUUCUACUUCACGCCAGACCUGGACUACGCUUUGAGGUACACGAGGAGGUGCAAGGACGUGCCGCCUGAAUUGAGGAAGAUGAAGUUGCCUGCAGGCAAGCAGUUCCGCGUCGUGCUUGUGUGUGACGUACAGUACGGCAACCCGUACCCAGUGCUGGGUACGUCCUUCAAUGGCAAGGCACUCGUUGGCGGGCACGAUGCCCACGUUGCCGUGGUUAAUUUCAACUCCGGUAACAUCGGGGAUGCCAAGCCCAUCAAGUCGUCCAAGUGGGCCAGCAAGCGCACCGCCGCCGAGAUUGUGAUCAACGACCCGUCCUGCGUCCUCGUGCGCGGCAUCCUUGUGUUCAAGGGCUAGCAGCCGAGUUCAUCGUGUGUGGUUGUUGCCACUGUCAUGUUGUGAUGUGACCGCGAAUUCUGUCAUCACCUACAUCAUCCUUUGGACUGUUGUGGAUGUUGCAGUUCGUUGCAGUUCGUUUACAUAUGUUUGCACUUGCGUUGCGUUCCAUUUCAUUGUUCCCGCCACCCCGCAUCGUUUGUGGUUGGUCUUUCUCUUGGCUUUCCGUCU